ACGACGGACGACCGCCCGCAUCGCACCGCGAAGGACCUCGAGUUCAUCGCGCGUCGUCGAGCGACCUCUCGCGCGGCGCCACACCCCGCGGGCGUCGUCGCGCGCGGGCGCGGCGGACGUUUUCCGGGCGCUCGCGUCGAACCGGUUUUUCGCCUCGCGCGACGGAGACGGCGCCGGGAGGGAUCUCGCUCGCCUCGACGAUGAAACCCGACGCGAGCAAGGCGCGCAAGCCGUACACGAUAACCAAGAGCCGGGAGUCGUGGACGGAGAAGGAGCACAACAUGUUCCUCGAGGCUAUCAACAUGUACGACCGGGACUGGAAAAAGAUCGAGACGUACGUCGGGACGAAGACGGUGAUUCAGAUCAGGAGCCACGCGCAGAAGUAUUUCCUAAAGGUGCGCGCGCGACAGAUCCCCCCGCCGCGUCGGACCCGCCGCCCCUCCGGUCGACGGAGAGGAAGAAACGUAAACCGCCCGCCUCGUCGCUGUUCGAACCAUCUGAUGCUGGACUGUUUUUUUUUCGACACCCGACACCCGCCGACGUCUCUCUCUCUCUCUCCCCUCCCCGGCCCCCACAGGUCCAAAAGAACGGCACGGGCGAGCACAUCCCGCCGCCGCGACCGAAACGCAAGUCCGCGACGCCGUACCCGCAAAAAUCCACCGCGGGCGGCGCGCCAUCGCGCGGAGGGAAGAGAGCCGCGGCUGCGGCGGCGAAGAAGGAAGCCGCCGCCGCCGCCGCCGCGCGAGCGCGAGCGGCCGCGGCCGCCGCCGCGCAGGCCGACGCGGAGCGCGGGUACCACCAGUACCAGCACGCCGCGCGUAGGAUGCAAGGUCCGGGCGGGCCGGGGCAAGGGUGGGGCAUGGGCCCGGGGGGCUACGCGCAGCCCGGCCCGGGGCCGAUGA